GAACAAUGCGAGUUUUGGACUUUGGCCUCAAAUCCGUCUUAUAAAUAGUUACAAGGGAUAUCAUUGGGAGGAAAGGAAAGGUUUAACACUGUAUUUGAAUGGUAAAGAGAAGGCCAGCCUAGCAUUGUUUUGUUUUCGAAGGUAGCCCAACGUAAACGUGGAACAAAUAUUAUGAUUCAACAAACGUUGCAAAGGUAACAGAAUCACCUCUGAUCUGACUCUGAUACACCAAGUUUGUGAACUUGGAGAAUUGCCACGAACCAACCAGAGAAAACCAGCUCUAUUUUGACCCCUUCCGAGAUCUUCCGUGCGUUCUCUCGCUUUCGCUUAUGCUACUGAUGGUUUUCUGCUUUAAACCAUAAAAAUGCAUAGCAAACCAGGACAGACAGAACCUAGCAUCUUGAUUAAGUUUGUAAGCGCCGGUUUAGCUGCUUCAGUUGCUGAAGCCGUCACCAUACCGAUCGACACAGCGAAAGUUCGACUUCAGAUCCAGGGUGAAAAUGCAGUCUUGGCAAAUGUUCAAAAUGGUGUAGCAACGGCAAAUUCUAAUGUCCAAUAUCGAGGAAUGAUAGGCUCCAUGAUAACUGUGGCAAAAACUGAUGGUUUUCGCUCUCUGUAUAAAGGGCUUGUGCCUGGAAUUCAUCGCCAACUUUGUUUUGCCAGCAUUAGGAUAGGACUCUAUGACACAGUCAAAGAAUUCUAUGGAGAUGAUGAUGUCAACAAUCCUAAAGUCAUAAAGAAGAUUCUAGCCAGUUGCACAACAGGGGUGUUUGCUGUUUCUGUUGCUCAACCAACAGAAGUUGCUAAAGUAAGGUUUCAGGCUGAUGGUUCAAGAUUUGGAUCUAACAAGGCUCUUGAUGCUUAUAUGUCAAUAUUCAAAAAUGAAGGACUUCGCGGACUAUGGAAAGGUGCCUUUGCAAAUAUGGCACGCCUUUCCACCGUGAAUGCAUCAGAGCUGGUUGUGUAUGACAUGGUGAAAGGGUUCUUUCUGAGAAAUAAACUCAUGGCUGAUGAUUUCCCGCUGCAUUUUGUUUCUGCCUUUGGUGCUGGUUUUGCAACCACAGUGGUAGCAUCUCCUGUAGAUGUAGUGAAGACACGCUACAUGAAUUCCCCACCAAACACUUACAAGAGUGCCAUCCACUGUGCCUAUAUGUUGCUGAAGCACAAUGGGCCUCUGGCUUAUUAUAAAGGGUUUACACCAAACUUCAUGAGGCUGGGAGCAUGGAAUAUUGUCAUGUUUAUGUGCUUUGAACAGUUGAAGAGGCUGUUUAGUUCUUUUUCUUCAGAACAUUGAUGAUAGUUUUUUCUUAUUAUUUAAACUGGAUACAUAUUUAUUAUGUAUUACAUGCUUUCAUUUGGUAUCAUUGAUACAUUUGGACCAUUUUGAACUUGUUAAAUGAGCCUUCAGGAUUAUAAUUUAAACAAUAGGAAAGGGGAUUGUGUGAGUUAUCUGAUGAUAAUUUCAUUGAUUUAAAUCAUUUAAUUGGAGCAAUGAUUUUGACUCUAAUAGAGUUUGAUGUCUACUUUAAUUUGCAAUUAGUUCAAAGAUGGGCAUACAGUAGAUAAAUUACUAAUUAGAUGAUACCCAAAAAUUCAAUUUAAAGUAGUGUUAGUGUCUUGUUCAUUUACAAAGGAGCAAAAUGAAACACAUGUACACAGAAAUGAACAUAAACUUAUCUCUUGUUAAGAGAAUGACAAGUGGCAAUUGAUGGGUUGGGGUCUAGCCAGGGAGUAUUACAAAGGCACAUUAUUUAAAAUUUAUUUUAAAGCAAGGCUUUCAAGUCACAGAGUUCUUCAGAAGUAAUGAUGCAAGAAAUUUGCCGAAUAUUUUAGAAAGCAUCAAUUUCAAUGAAUUUGCAAAUUGGAAACAAAAAAAUUGACUCAAACUCUCAACAAAAGUCUUCCUCCUUGGUUUUUGAAAUGCCUAAUAUAUAUCAUUUAGAAAAAUGAUCUUAAUCCUGAACCAGUCAAUUUGAUUCAAAUGAUGGUUGAAAGGGAAGUAUGUUUAAAUACUAAUAAUUGAUCAAUACUAGUAAUGUACUAUCAGCAAUUCUAGGUAAGCUUACGUAGUUAUCAUGCUUGCUUUUCAAUUCUUUAAUUACAAUUUAUGGUUUUUAGAAUUGGCAGAAAUAGCUUACUAAUUCAUACGUAGGUAACAGUUAGUUGACUGCCCACUUUAUUCGACAACCUACUCUUCGAAAUUAGCAUAGGUUUGAUUUUAUUUGAUUGACUUAUAUGUUUACCAAACCAACAUUGUCAUCCUUCUAAAGGUUAAUUUUUACACCUAGAUUUGCUUCAAAAUGGGCCAUAAGGUUAUAAGUGAAAAUAAGAGAAUUUAACUAUGCAAUGGCCCUUGUUAGAAGUUUGAGUAUUAUAUUUUACAGACAUGAAUUGAUAAUAUAUUAGCUUCAUUGUAUUUAAAUUUCACUAAUUGGCCUAAAAGCCAUGGAUAAUCAAUUUAUCUUUCAAUAUCAAGGGUCAAUGAGAUACAAGAUGUUCUCAGAACCAGUACAAAGUUAUUCUUAGAAUGUUUCAUAACAUACUGCCACAAGUCUACAGACAAGCAGAAACUCAUUCAUGAUCAUGAAGUUUUUUAAAGAUGAUUCUGCUUUGUAAUAAUUCCAAGUUAAGAUGGGUUGUUCAAAUAAAAUUUGUAAAGCACAUGUUAAGUCUCAA